UAGCGCUCUCUCUCUCUCUCUCUCUCUCUCAUUUUCUCUCUCUUGGGAGCCUGAACUUAUCAAUGCCUGUAGAGAAUUUGGCUUCUUAAAAAAAUAGGGUAAUAAUCUGAUCUCAAACUAUUGUAUUUUCAUCUUUAUUUCUGAUUGUUUCUGUAGAAAAAUCGAAUUUUUGAGCUUAUUUUUUUGUUGGUGAUCUGGCUUACCUUGAAUCUCAACUCCAUUUGCUAACAGAGAGUUUAUCUACAAAAUUAUCCUGAUUCUAUUCCUUGCUCAAAUUCCUCAUCCUUAUCCGAGCUUGCUUGAUCCCUUUACCCUCUCAUCUUGGUUUCUUUUCUUGCGUUUAAAAGCCAAGGCGUGCCCUAUUAAAGAAUCAUCAAGUCUCUUCUAAGAUCUAGAUAAAAGAGGUUUUUGGGAACAAAACCCACUUCUCAUUUUCCUUUGAUUACUCUUUUCGCUCAUCGAAACCCCUUUCUUUAACACUGAGCUGAUAGGAUUUCUCUCUUUAUCAAUCUGGGUUUUCUUUAAAAGUUAGAAAUAGAUGUCUCUUUGAUCAGCAUUUUCUUCCUUAUGGGUCACCAAAAUGCUUUCCUUAGUGUCUCCCUGUUGAUAAUUCCCUUUAUUUGCAAGUGGGUUCUCCAUAAAAGUUAGCAAUAAAAGAAGAACUUUUGAUAAAAGGCCCAUCUUCCAUCUCUGAAAUCUGAAAAUGGUUUCAAGUUCUUACUCAAAUUUACUAGAAUUGGCCUCCGGGGAGCCCUCCUCCCUCGGCCGACUCCGUCGUGAGAUCCCUCGCAUUGUCACAGUCCCGGGCAUCAUCCCUGGCAUCGAUUCCUCUGAUGAAUCUGAGUCCGAGUUCAGCUCCCCUUCUUCUUCACCUCGAGAUCGAACCAUCAUUGUAGCCAAUCACCUCCCUAUCCGGGCCCACCGCAACCCCGUAUCCUCCAAUGGCUGGAGCUUUUCUUUGGAUUAUGACUCUCUUCUCCUUCAGUUGAAGGAUUCUAUCAAUGCAUCACAUUCUAAAAACAUGGACUUCAUCUUCAUCGGCUGCCUUCGAGAUGAAAUCCCUGUUUCUGACCAGGAAAUGGUCUCACAAAUGCUUCUUGAUACCUUCCAUUGUGUCCCUGUGAUCAUGCCCCCUGAUCUUCUCUCGAGAUUCUAUCAUGGGUUUUGUAAGAACCACCUUUGGCCUUUGUUUCACUCUCUUCUCCCACUUUCCCUUUCUUCUACUCGCUAUGACCGAACUUUGUUCCAGUCCUAUGUGUCUGCAAACAAGCACUUUGCAGAUAAGAUACUCGAGGUGAUUAACCCUGAUCACGAUUUUGUUUGGGUUCAUGAUUACCACCUCAUGGUGCUGCCUACAUUUUUGAGGAAGAGAUUCAAUCGGGUGAAGCUUGGUUUCUUCCUCCAUUCACCCUUUCCUUCUUCUGAGAUAUAUAAAAUCUUGCCCGUUAGAGAACAGAUCCUCCGAUCGUUGCUCAAUUCGGAUCUGAUUGGAUUUCAUACUUUUGAUUAUGCACGACAUUUCUUGUCAUGUUGUAGUCGAAUGCUUGGCUUAACCUACGAGUCGAAGAGGGGCUACAUUGGUUUGGAAUACUAUGGUAGAAAUGUUAGUAUCAAGAUUUUACCAGUUGGAAUUCAUUUGGGUCAGCUCAAAUCAGUCUUGAGCCAACCAGAGACAGAAUCAAAGGUUGCUGAGCUUGUCGAUCAGUACUUGUGCAGGGGUCGGAUUUUGCUUCUUGGUGUUGAUGAUAUGGAUAUCUUUAAGGGGAUAAGUUUGAAACUUUUAGCAUUUGAGCAGCUUUUGAUUCAGCAUCCAGAGUGGGUUGGAAGGGUGGUUUUGGUUCAGAUAGCAAAUCCUGCAAGAGGAAAGGGGAAGGAUGUGAAGGAAGUGCAGGCCGAGAGUUAUGCCAUGGUGAAGAGGAUCAAUGAGAAGUUUGAGCAGCCUGGUUAUGAGCCAGUUAUUAUGAUCGACAAACCACUCAAGUUCUACGAGAGGAUGGCUUAUUAUGUGGUGGCUGAGUGUUGCUUGGUGACGGCAGUGAGAGAUGGCAUGAAUUUGAUACCUUACGAGUACAUAAUUGCAAGACAAGGGAAUGAGAAGUUGGAGAAGGUCUUGGAAUUAAGUCCUUCCACACCAAAGAAGAGCAUGUUGGUAGUUUCUGAGUUCAUUGGUUGUUCUCCAUCACUCAGUGGGGCAAUUCGCGUGAACCCAUGGAACAUCGAUGCAGUAGCCGAUGCUAUGGACUCGGCAUUGGAGUUGCCUGAACCAGAAAAGCAGUUAAGGCACGAGAAGCAUUAUCGAUAUGUGAGUACCCAUGACGUUGGCUACUGGGCAAAUAGUUUUCUGCAAGAUUUGGAGAGGACAUGUAGUGAUCACAUUAGGAGGAGGUGUUGGGGUAUUGGGUUUGGAUUGGGAUUCAGAGUGGUGGCUCUUGAUCAGAACUUUAGGAAGCUUUCUAUGGAGCACAUUGUUUCGGCAUAUAGGAGGACUAAUAGGCGAGCUAUUCUGUUAGAUUAUGAUGGUACGUUGAUGCCCCAAGUGUCUAUUGACAAGAGCCCAAGUCAGAGGUCAAUUGAGAUCUUGAAUAGUUUGUGUCAAGAUAAGAACAAUGUGGUGUUUCUCGUCAGCGCGAGAAGUCGAAGCACUCUUGGUGAUUGGUUCUCUCCUUGUGAGAAUCUAGCAAUAGCGGCUGAGCAUGGCUACUUUCUUAGGUUGAAGAGAGAUACUGAAUGGGAAACAUGUAAUUCUAUGGCAGAUUGCAGCUGGAAACAGAUAGCCGAACCAGUCAUGAACUUAUACACUGAAACUACUGAUGGUUCGAUGAUUGAAGACAAAGAGACUGCACUUGUCUGGUCCUAUGAAGAUUCUGAUCCUGACUUCGGUUCUUGUCAGGCCAAGGAACUUCAAGAUCACCUUGAAAGUGUCCUCGUUAACGAACCUCUUUCAGUAAAGAGUGGCCAGAACUAUGUGGAAGUCAAACCUCAGGGAGUAAGCAAGGGAUUAGUAGCUGAACGAUUGCUUUCUACUAUGAGCAAGAGGGGAUUGUUGCCGGACUUUGUUCUAUGUAUCGGAGAUGAUAGAUCUGAUGAAGAUAUGUUUGAAGUGAUUAGCUCAGCAAUGUCUGGCCCGGGUACAUCUCUAUCAUCCGCAGCUGAAGUUUUUGCUUGCACAGUUGGUCGGAAACCUAGCAAAGCUAAGUAUUAUUUAGACGACACAGCAGAGAUUGUUCGGUUGCUGCAAGGACUAGCUUCGGUAUCGGACCAAGCUUCAUCGGCAUCUGGGAGCUCGAUUACAGCAUCUGGGAGCUCGAUUACAGCGUAGGGUGGCUUAGUGAUGUGCAGGUAAAAUUCUUUUUAUAAGUCUCUUGUUGCAACCUCCUGAAAUGUUGGGCGUUGGUUGCGUGUUAGUUUGUAAAGUAGGUAAAAAGUAACUUUGAAAUAUCUUGUUUUGUUUGGUGGCGGUUUGUGUUGUUUUAAUUUUAAGUUAACAUGUAUAUAUUGCUGGUUGAAACUUUAUUUGUCUGCAGUAUAUCAUUCUCCUUUAAUGUGUA